UAGAAAGUGUGUAGAAAAUUAUGCCGGUAGGGUGCGCCACGUUCGGUGCCAGUCGAGUGCCGCAGUUUUCGCGCGGGGCGGGUGUUGUCAUCGGAUUUUUACGCGAAAAGAGUGAGUUUCUGUGGAAAAUACUGUAAAUAUUCACGUGAAAAUGCCGCCAAAGAAGCGGGAGAAAGAAUUGGAUGGACAAAAGGGCCCGCGCAUGGAUCAGAUUCAGGCAGACCACGAGCUGUUUCUUCAAGCCUUCGAAAAACCAACACAAAUUUAUCGCUUUCUACGUACAAGAAAUCAAAUCUCACCAAUAUUCCUGUAUCGAAAUUUGACUUACAUGAGGCAACGUAUGUCUAGGAGUCAUAAAUCUCGUAGAGGAUUUAAAAUUGAUACAAUUUUGGAAAGAUUGAUGUCUAAAAAUAAUCAAGAACAAACUCUUGGUGUACGUGGAUAUAUGACACUUACAUUUUUAGGUUUUUAUGAUAAGAAAAUUGAAGCAUCACAAGAUCCAGUAAAAGUAGAAACUUUACUUUUAAAAAUUUGCCAUAAGAAAAGGAAAGAUGUAAGCUCACCUAUUAUGCAAGUGUCUGUUGGAACAAGUGAAGUCCCGAUUAAUCCUUUAGAAAAUCAACCUCCACCUAAAGCACCAACAAUCUCAAUACCUAAUGAAUCUUUUAGUUUAAAUAAUGGACAUGUAGCAAAAACGUAUAUGCUUUUAUUGAGGGUAUAUUGUAUGUCUAACAAUAGCUGCCUUAUACAUAGCUGUGAUUUAGAAGAACCAGCACAGAAACGUCGAAAGUCGUCUGCAGGUUCAAUUAAAAGUAGCGGUGAAGAAGUAAAAUUGUAUGGCUCUGAGCUCAUAGUAUAUGAUAAGCAUAACAGAUGUCUUCUGACAGAUGGUGAUUAUGAAUUAGGUUUGCAGGAAGUACAAACUAAUGUUAGAUCCAGCCCAAAGAAAUACAGUUCUUGGGAAUCUGUACCUGACAUUAAAGAAUGUGGUCCUUUCGAAGUGUUCAGUAGAGGUCCUACAUUAAAAUUUAGACUUAGUUGGACUAUGGAGCCAAGUAAUGGUUUAGUGGACAGACCUGCUCCUAUUCAUCCAGUGCCAAGCGGUGACAAUAAAGAAAAUCGAUCAAGCAACACUGGCUUUGAGCGCUCUUCCACAAACCAUAAUAACAAUAACACCAAUAAUAACAAUAAUACAACACUGCCAACACCUAGUCCAUUGACCCCGUCAAGAAUGUCUGUAUCCACUGAAAAAAUGGAGAAUUCAAUGGGUACUCAACAAAUAGUUUAUCAAUUUUUAUACAAUAAUAACAGUCGUCAGCAAACAGAGGCUUGUGAGGACCUUCAUUGCCCAUGGUGUUCAUUAGAUUGUGGGAAGCUCUAUUCUCUUUUAAAGCAUUUGAAGUUAUGUCAUUCUAGAUUUACGUUUACUUACGUGCCAAUACCACAAGGUGCCCGUAUAGAUGUAGCAAUAAACGAAUGUUAUGAUGGUUCAUAUGCUGGUAGUCCACAUGAAUUAAUCACUCAACCAUCUGGGGUAGCUUUUUCACGCACAGGCCCAACUAGACGUACGAGUGUAACAAAUAUUUUAGUCUGUCGGCCAAAGAGAACAAAACCGAGUUUAUCCGAAUUUCUUGAACUUGAUGAAAAUGAAUUUGAAAGCCAAAGACCUUACAUCACUGGACAUAAUAGAUUAUAUCAUCACACUGUCACUUGUUUGCCUAUUUAUCCGAAGGAAAUGGAUAUUGAUUCUGAAGGAGAAAACGAUCCAAAAUGGUUACAAACGAAGACAAUGAUGAUGAUCGAUGAUUUUACCGAUGUUAAUGAAGGAGAAAAAGAAUUAAUGAAAAUGUGGAAUUUACAUGUAAUGAAAUAUGGAUAUGUAGGAGACUGCCAAAUACCAUUGGCUUGCCAAAUGUUUUUAGAAACCAAAGGAAAGGAGUUACUUAUGAAAAAUUUAUAUCGGAAUUUUGUACUGCAUAUGUGCAGUUUAUUUGAUUUUGGUUUAAUUAGUCCUGUUAUUCUUUAUCAGACAAUUCAAAAGCUGCAGGAGAUUAUGAAAGAAGGAGGUGAAAAUGGUGAUGUACGCAAAGUUUUGCAAAAAUCUCAUGAAGCUCAAGUUGAAAGAUGGGUUUCUACAGGUUUUCAAGCAUCUACUGAUGUUACUGCUACUAAAGCAAGUAGUACAAAAAUCAGUUUUAAUAAUGACUGUUCAAGUUCUAAUGCUAGGAGGAAAACAUCGCUCCCCUUGGGAUCACCAAAUUCUCAAAAUGUAAAAUCUACUGUUUCUAUGCAUAUGUUUCAAUCAACACAUUAACGUUUAUUUUGAUUUUAUAUACAGUUUUGACGAAUUAAAAAUAAAUAAGAAGGGAACGUUAAAUUUGUUCCUGUUUAAAUAA